CAACUGUCAAUGGUACCGAGACCCGGUGUUAGGGUUAUCAAUAGUAUCAAUACUGUUUUCAUUAAAAACCUAAUCGUAGCAGUUAUUUGUGAAAGAAAUCAUAUUUUAAACCACUGUAAACAAUGUCUGAGUUCAUAGAUAUAGAUGGCAGCAUACUGGAAGGGGGAGGACAAAUACUACGAUUAUCAAUAUCUUUAAGUGCUAUACUAGGAAUUCCUGUAAGAAUAUCGAAGAUACGAGCUGGACGAAGUAAGCCUGGCUUAGCCGCUCAGCAUUGCAAAGGAAUCCUACUAGUUGCUGAAAUGUGUCACGCCAAGACAAAAGGAGCCGAAGUUGGAUCUACAGAAGUAGAAUUUUCUCCUAAAAUGAUUAGAGGUGGUCAAUACUUUGCUGAUCCUCAGACAGCUGGAUCCAUCAGCCUGCUUCUCCAAGUGUCCCUACCCUGUGCCCUAAUGGCCGACGGCCCCGUUACAUUCGAUUUCCGAGGAGGCACCAAUGCAGACAUGGCUCCGCAGAUAGACUACAUGGACAAAGUGUUCAGGCAUGCCUUGAGGCAGUUUGGAGCGGACUUUGGGAUGACUAUUCAUAGGAGAGGUUAUUUCCCGAAAGGCGGCGGCGCGGUGACCAUAAACGUGAACCCGGUGCGCAGUUUCCGCAGCGUCACGUUGACGGACCCGGGCAGCGUGAACAGAGUCACAGGCACCAGCUUCGUGGCCGGAGUGCUGCCUAUCAGUAUGGCGCAGCAAAUGGCAGAAGGAGCGAAGCAAGAACUGCGAUCAGUAGCUGAAACCACCAUCAACUGUUACAAGGAGGACAGUCGGAUCGCCAUCGGCAACUGCAAUGGCAUGCUGUUGACGUGCACCACGUCCACCGGCCACGUGCUGGGCAGCGACGCGCUGGGCCGGCGGGGCGCUGAGGCGCGCGCGGCGGGCGCGGACGCGGCGCGGCGCCUGCGGGCGGACAUCGACGCUGGAGCCUGUCUCGACCAGUACUGUCAGGACCAAGUGAUUCUGUUCAUGGCAUUGGCGGAAGGCACGUCGUCGGUGACGGUAGGAGAAGUCACGCUCCACACGAGGACCGCCAUACACAUCGCAGAAAUGCUGGCUAAGGUGAAGUUCGAAAUACACCCACACGGCAGCCAGAACACGAUCGAGUGCACGGGUCUAGGGCUUAUCAACAACAACUUGCCUACGUAAAUCAAUAUAAAUGUUAAGCUAGGUUUAAUAUUAAAAUUGAUAAUCCAUACUUAAUAUUAUAAAUGGGAAAGUGUGCGUUUGUUUGUUUGUCCGUCUUACACGGCAAAACGGAGCGACAAAUCGACGUGAUUUUUUAAGUGGAG